ACGAUCACACAGAUGGCUAAAAUGAAACCACACAUGAAGCCUGACCUGUUAUCUUCCUGCAGCACAUGUGUGACACCCAUAGCGUUUACGCACAUGCACACACAGAGACACACUGAACCGAGCUAAGGAAGCCAUGUCAGAGAUAAAUGCAGAGCACUGUAAUGAAGAAUCUACAGACUCUGACCGUGUUGCCAAUUUUGGCUCUGGCAAGUUUGUUCAUCAGGAUAAGUGUAUCCACCUCUCUUCGACCCUUGCUGACUGGUCCUGACGUGGCCUACCUCGGCUCCAGGGUGACUUUCUGGUGUACUGCAACUGACUCCUCUCCGCCAGUCACCUACGAGCUGAUGGGGGAUGGUGGAGUCUUGAUUAACACAGACAUCGAUUUCCAGGGGGACCAGAGUGCGAGAUUCGUUCUAAAGGUCACUGCAACAUCAGAGGGGUCAUACCACUGCACUGCGACAGCUGGAGGAAGCACAGGUGUCAGCAACAGCAUCAAGUUGACUGUUGUCACUCCAGCAUCGAACACCAGAGUGACGUCCGAACCCUUCCCCCCAGUCGCGUAUGAGGGGUCUCGCUUCGUAUUGAACUGCACCACAAAUGGCUCACACCUCUCCUACACCUGGUUUUUCAACAGAAAGAAAGUAACAUCUUCCACCUCUCCAGCCUUCCACCUCUCUGGCAACACGCUGGUAAUGGGAAAGGUGACUCUCGAGCAUGCUGGGUCCUAUUACUGCAUGGUUAAGUCUAGGGUGCAGGACACUGAGAGGCUUUCAAACAGUGUACCGGUGCAGUUGACAGUCAAAGUCAACGUUUCAAAACCAAGGAUCUCUUUCUCCAUCUCCAAAGAGGGAGCCAGCUACCAUGGCAAUGUGACCUGCUGGUCAACAAGGGGGAGUCCUCCGGUCAACUUCUCUCUUACACUAGAUGAUAGGGAAGUGGGAUCUGUCACAGCAGCGGAAUCUCUCACUGCCUGGUUCCCCGUCGACAUGGUACCGGGGCUGGACAUGGGUGUGGCUCAAUGUCGAGUGACUACUGAGGUGCAGGAGUUGACGAGUGAGCCUGUGACUCUGGUUGUGGGUAUGAGCUGUAUAGACAAUAGAAGCAAAUGUGUCUUCCCAUGGUUGCCUACUUUAUUUGUGCUCUUUGAUGAUCUGUUUCUCUUUCUGUACCCUACUGUCUGUGCAGUCCCAGUCGGAGGUAAUGUGAAAGUGGAGGUUGAGUACCUCUACAGAGCUGACUCCAAACUAGCUGCAGCCAGGCUGAGCUGCCAAGUCAGCAGAGGCACUUUCCCUUAUGUCUCCUGGCUCUUCAACAACUCUGUCCUUCCUUCUGAGACACAUGUGGACUCCAAUAUCCAGCCCGCGCUGUCUCAGUAUGCUGUAGCUGACCAUAGACGAACCCUCUUUCUGGCAAAUCUCGGCCCGGAGGAGUCUGGGUAUUACCGCUGCAAGGCCAGGGACAGCUACGAUGACUCUGGUCCCUGGGUUGAGAGUCCAGCCAUGCUGGUCCGAGUCACAGACAGGUACCAUAACUCCAUGCCUCCAGCAACACCUUCCACUGAAACACCACAAAACACUCCCAUGCCCACCAUAGAGGCCAUUACCAUAGCGUUCUGCUGCUUCCUUCUUCUGACAUUGGCAGCGUGUGUGGGCUGUGUGUUCACCAUGUUUGACCAUGAGCAAGCUCACGCCCACGUUGCUACAACAAAUCCCAGUCUUGAUGCACUACCUCUGUCCUCACCUCUGUCCCAGUCUGAAGGACAACAGGCUGAUACUUGCUCUACAGAUUCUAGUGUUCAGAAUCAGACUGUAGAGAUCACAGUAUGACACAGAAGGAGCCUGCACCUCUCAUCCAAUUGUCUUUAUUUCAGUUUAAAUCUGCAGCUAUUUCUGUUGUUGUUGUUGUUGUUGUUGUUGUUGUUGUUCUGUCAGUAUUACAAUUCUGACUUAGCCUGUAUUGCCAAGUUACCUAAAAGACACUGUAGAACAUUCAGUGAAAAAGAACAUAAACUGAUGUAUACUGUCAUGUUUCUUUUGCAAAUAAAAGUUGUAAUCAAAAA